AUGGCGGCACAAGCCUUCGAGGACAUUAGCUUGACUAGCUUGGCCGAGUCCAUCUCCUCAAAUGUGAAGAUCAUCACGGACAUUCUCAACGACCAAAAGCUGCCACAUCCGACUUUGUCACCCAGCGGCCCGCUGCACUACACUGGCGGACCAGACGACGCCCGGCUACAAGAAGCGCGAACAAAAUUGCUGACUUCUGCUUGGACUCUUGAACAACUGGCGUCAGGACCGCAGAAUUACAUCUACUGGCAAGCUUAUACUACAAAGCAUGAUCUCACGGUCCUAAGCGUCUUCGCGAAAUUCGGUGUCUUCGAAGCGGUGCCAACGACUGGCGAUAUCUCUUAUUCCGACCUGGCAGCAAAGCUGCCGAUGACCGAACGGCAAGUGCGGCGCCUCUUCCGGCACGCAAUGACGAAGAACAUCUUCUUCGAGCCCCGUCCGGAUCAUGUUGCUCACACUGCGCUCUCGAUAGCACCGGUGAGAAAACGGAGUCUGACGCCCUGGAUUAACCACAACCUUGGGGAAGUCCUGCCUGCAAGCUCGCGUCUGGGGGACGCUAUUGAAAUGUAUGGCGACUCACAGGAUACAACUGAGACUGCAAUCAGCAUUGCCUGGAAUUUGGAGACAGGAAAGGGCCUGUUUGACUGGUUCAAGGGCGAUGGGGAAGGUUCGGAGAAAGGUUGGCGCGCUCGUCAGUUCGCCCGAGCCAUGGAAUCCAUGGCUGGUGGCGGUCACGAGACGGAGUACACGGCUGAUGGCUUCGACUGGGAAAGUCUUGGUGAAGCUGCUGUCGUUGAUGUUGGUGGAUCGAGCGGCCACAUCUCCAUCUUUCUAGCGGAGAAGUUCCCAGGUCUUCGACUCGUGGUGCAAGACCUCCCCGAAGUUGAAACUGCUUUUGAGGCUCUGGUGCCGUCCAAUCUCAGGUCACGAGUCUCAUAUCAGGCGCAUAACUUCAUGAGGCCUCAACCGCAGCAGAGCGCCGACGUCUUCCUCCUUCGUCACGUGCUGCAUGACUGGCCCGAUGCCAUAGCUGUCGAUAUCUUGCGAAACAUCAUCAAUAGUCGAGAGGGACUUAUCAAGGUUGGCGCGCGCCUCAUUGUGGUAGACAACGUUAUGCAGCCAAGGGGUGCCCUGCCCGUACCCAUCGAGCGGCUGAUCACCACGGCAGACAUCCAGAUGUGGACGGCACUCAAUGCUCUGGAGAGAAGCAAAGAGGAUUGGAUCGAUCUAUUCAGGCAGGCGGAUAAGAGGUUAGAUCCUGUGGCUUUUGUGCAGCCAGCAGGAAGUUCCGAGACUGUCAUCGAAGUAGUCUUCCGGCACGAAUGA